AAACUUUGAACGUUAUUAUAAAAAAUUAGGAAAUAAUAAAUAUAUGCCGACUGGUACACUCUCAGACCUUGAAUUCCCCAAAAGAGGAGUGGUCCUUCCUUGUCGCCGUUAUCAUCCAUCCCUUCCGAUCGAACCCAAUUUUUUUUUUUCACUCACAGAGCCAACAACCAGCGAUCUAAUGCUAAUACAGGUACAUCAGUUGAUGCUUCCAAUCGUGAAAACAGCACUAUAAAAGUGAUGAUAUAGCUUGCUACAUUUUGCUUGGUGAGGGAGAACAUAUAUAUCUAUAUAUAUUUAUAUGGCAGAUGGUAUAUCAAGUUUUUGGGGUCCAGUCACAUCUUCACAUGAAUGGUGUGAGAAGAAUUAUGUAUAUUCUUCUUACAUUGCUGAAUUUUUCAACACAAUCUCAAACAUCCCAUGCAUUCUUUUGGCACUCAUUGGUCUUCUAAGUUCAUUGAUUCAACGUUUUGAGAAGAGAUUUAGUGUUCUACACUUAUCAAAUAUGGCACUUGCUAUUGGAAGCAUGAUGUAUCAUGCCACACUACAACAUGUUCAACAACAAAGCGACGAAACCCCAAUGGUAUGGGAAAUGCUGCUCUACAUCUACAUCCUCUACUCCCCCGACUGGCACUACCGUAGCACCAUGCCUACUUUCCUCUUCCUCUACGGUGUCUCAUUCGCAGUGCUCCAUUCCAUAAUCCGUUUCGAUAUCGGUUUCAAACUCCAUUACAUACUCCUCUGUCUCCUCUGUAUCCCCCGUGUCUACAAAUACUACAUCUACACGCAAAACACAUCCGCUAAACGCCUUGCCAAAUCCUACGUGGCGACCUUGUUUCUCGGGUAGUUUGUGUUGGUUUGUUGACCGGUUUUUUUGCGGGCAGGUGUCCAAGUGGCCGGUCAACCCGCAAGGGCAUGCGUUGUGGCAUGUCUUCAUGGGAUUCAAUGCGUAUUUCGCAAAUACGUUUUUGAUGUUUUGUAGGGCCCAACAAAGGGAGUGGAGCCCCGAGGUGGUGAGGUUUUGUGGGGGUUUUGCCGUAUGUGAGGAUUGAGAAGGUCAAGGCGCAGUGACAAGACGUGGGAAAUAGCAACGUACUUUGGUUUGAUGGAUUUGUUUUUUUUUUUUUUUUUGGAUUAAAGAUGGUUUGGUAAGGGUAGGGUUUU